AUGGCGGCGGAAGUUGCAACCCGAAAAUGCCGCGGACUCGAAUGUCCCAAGGACGCCGGCUCGCUCCAAUGCCCGACAUGUCUGAAGAUGGGCCUGGACAGCUUCUUCUGCUCGCAGGACUGUUUCAAACGGAGCUGGAGCGACCACAAGUCUCUCCACAAAAAGACCACCGGACACUUCAACCCUUUCCCUUCGUUCCAAUUUGCCGGAUCCCUGCGUCCUGUCUAUCCCCUGUCGCCGAUGAGGACUGUCCCCAAGUCCAUUCCUCACCCGGAUUACGCCAAGGAUGGCAUUCCUCGUUCAGAGCAGAAAUUCGUCGGCCGACACAACAUCACUAUUCUCAACAAGGAAGAGCAGGAGGGUAUGCGCAGAGUCUGCCGCUUGGCGCGAGAGGUUCUUGAUAUCGCUGCGCGCGCGCUGAAGCCCGGUGUUACGACUGACUACAUUGACGAAAUCGUUCACAAAGCUUGUGUCGAACGCGACUCUUACCCCUCACCUCUCAACUACGUUCAUUUCCCAAAAUCCGUGUGCACCUCGAUUAACGAAACCAUCUGCCACGGUAUCCCCGAUCAACGGCCGCUCGAGGACGGCGACAUUAUCAACAUCGACGUCACCUUGUAUCACAAAGGAUUCCACGGAGAUAUCAAUGAGACAUACUAUGUUGGAGAGAAGGCUACGUCAAACCCAGACGCAGUGCGCGUUGUGGAAACGGCCCGAGAAUGCUUGGAUAAAUCUAUUGAAAUUGUCAAGCCUGGAAUGCUCUUCCGGGAUCCUGGUAACGUGAUUGAGAAGCAUGCUAAGAGCCGGAACUGCAGCGUGGUCAAGAGUUACUGUGGCCACGGAAUCAACCAGCUGUUCCACUGCGCCCCCAACGUUCCUCAUUACGCCAAGAACAAGGCAGUAGGAACCGCAAAGCCGGGAAUGUGCUUUACAAUCGAACCUAUGAUCAACAUUGGUACACACCGCGACCGUCUAUGGCCCGAUGACUGGACCAGCACAACGGCGGACGGCUCGCUCUCUGCCCAAUUCGAGCAUACACUUUUGGUCACAGAAGACGGUGUCGAGGUUCUGACCGCGCGUCUGCCGGAUUCUCCUGGUGGACCUGUUCCCAUGCCUACUACGGGCGAUGCAGAUGCCGCGAAGACAGAAUCAUGA